AUGGAGUCUCAAUUGUCCACAAUUGAUCUUCUAACAGCGAUGUUUCCAUCUCCAGGCGAGCUAGAAAUCCCUGAAUCCACAACACAGUGCGUGGAGAAACUACGGAAUUGGUGCGAGGAUUCAGACUCAAUACCCAAUAAAAUCCCACCCAGCAUCUCUCUUGCUGUCUGUCUGCCAAUUGCAGACGGAGAAAGAACCAUCCGGGUCAACGUCACCGUACCACUACAAUGUGAAGACCCAGGAACGAUUGACCAGCCACCAUCCUUGAGCUUUUCACUCCGACAACCAGAUUGGAUGUCCAGAGCCGAGGUGGCAGGUAUCACGGCCUCAAUACCACAAGGCGAAGAUGCUUUAGAAGUAUUCGAAUACAUCCAAGCAGAAGCAACCCGCUUACUUGAAAAUAAGCAAAGCCACACUGUGACCUCAGAAGAAACGAACAAAGGGCCCAUUGCCCGAGUCUGGUUUUAUUUCCCUUCUCUGUCAACGCGUAAAAAGAGAGAUGACAUGGUCAAUCUUGCACCAGCUUAUGGUCUGACGGGCUUUGUGUUGGCCGGGAAGCCGGGCGUGUUGUGUCUCGAGGGGACCUCGUCCGAUGUCGAUUCAUAUAUGAGCUUCAUUAAGACGCAUUCUUGGGGUGACAUUCCGAGUCAUCAGAAGAAGGUCAGCGAAAGGUUUCGAGAGACAGAGGAUGUUCAGAGAGUGUUCUCUGGAAUGGAGGAAAUCACGGACUCGUUGGGAGAACGAGGUGGUCAGCGGGCCAAUCGUGGGGAUAUGCAAGCUUUGGAGGCUUGGCUGGGAAACAAAGGGCUACAAGAGGCGUUUGAGAAAGUGAUAUUCUAA